AUGGCGGCGGCAGCCGUGGACGUGGGCUACCUGUCCACGCAUCUCGGCGUGCCAGAGACGAACCUCACGUCCGCCGUGACCGCGCCGACGCCCGACCUCGUCCAAGCCAUCCUUGAGGCCGUCGUCACCAAGGCCCACGAGUUUGAUGCCCUGUAUGCCGCGAAGCUCAACGUCGACAUUGAGCUCGAGAGCGUCGUACGCAGCUCCGAGGCCCGCAGCGGCUCGUUCAAGUCCGCCGCCGAGGCGAGUCGAAAGGAAGCGGACGACCUGCGGCGGAAGCUUCAAGACGAGGAAAACGCCCGCCGCACCGUCGAAAACGAGCUCCAGACCAUCAAGGCCUCCGGCGCAAAUGCGCAGACCGAAAUCGAGCGUCUCGCCAGCCGCAACGCCUCUCUCGAAGCCUCCAACCGCGACACCCUUGCCAUCCUCGAGUCCAAGACCUCUGCCAACGCCGAGCUAGCCGAAGAGCUGCAGACCCAACACCAAAAGACCCUCAAGCUCAACCAGGAGGUCACCGCCCUCCAGCAACAGAUCCAGGCCGCCCAGGCCACCACCAGCAGCGCCAAGUUCCGCGAGCAGUCGCUGCAGCAGGAGCUGGCCUUUGCCCGCAAGAACAAUGAGUGGUUCGAGGCCGAGCUGAAGACCAAGAGCGACGAGUCGCUCAAGCUGCGCAAGGAAAAGGGCGCCCGCAUCGCCGAGCUGCAGCGCCAAAACGAAGAGGCCCAGUCGACCGUCGCCGCCCUGACGCGCUCCGAGAAGCAGCUGCGCACCCGCCUCGAGGAUGCCCAGCGCAAGGCCGACGAUGCCCUGGCCAAGGUCCAGCAGCUCCAGGAGGCCGCCGCCCGCAGCGAAGAGAGCUUCCGCGCCGAGCUCGCGUCCUCGGCCCGUCUCGUCGAACUCAAGGAGCAGCAAACCGAAACCCACCGCAACCGCCUCCGCGAAGUCGAGCUGCGCCUCGAGCAGGUCAAGGACGAGUCCGCCGACGAGGUGCGCCGCGUGCGCAACGAGAUGGAGCAGCUGCGCCAGGAUCUACAGCACGCCGAGCGUGUUGGCCAGGAGCUCGAGGCCGAGAUCGACCGCAUUCAGGCCGCCCUCGCCACACCCGCUGCUGCGUCCGUCAUCCAUGCCACGCCCGGCUCAGCACCGCAGACACCCCGUGCGAACAACGGUGGUGCCAAUGCGGGUCUGCUGCGUGCCGCGUCUCCGUUUGGCACACCCGGCUCCGUCCUGCGCGGCAAGUCCAGCAUCUCGGCCGCCCAGGCCAUGGAGGAGCUGUACAAGACCAAGGGCGAGCUGGCCCGCGAGCGCCGCCGCACACAGGAGCUUGGCCAGGAGCUCGACGAGAUUAUGAGCGCCCUGGAAGCCAAGAGCCCCGAGAUUGCCGACCUCCAGGAAGAGGCCGAGCGCCUGCGCAGCGAGAACGUGCAGAUCUCGCGCCUCUGCGAGGAGAGCUUCAGCGAGCGCGACAUGGCCAAGAAGGCCGCCAAGAAGGCCGAGGCUUCGAGCAUCACUGCCCAGGCCGAGAUUGAGAUCCUGCGCACGCAACUGCGCGACCUCAGCACGCAGAUCCAGCUGCUGGUCUUCAACAUCCAGGCCCGCGAGAAGGGCCUGGACGAGCUGUCCGACGAAGAGGCACGCCAGUUUGAGCGCCUGCAGCGCGGCCAGGUCGCCGAGGGCUCGCUCGACGACAUGUCCGACACGCACCAGUUCAUCUCGGAGCGCUUUGUCGUCUUCAAGGACAUCCAGGAGCUGCAGACCCAGAAUGCCGAGCUGCUGCGUAUGACGCGCGAGUUCGCCAUGAAGAUGGAGAGCGAGGAGGCGUCCGAGGCCAAGCGCCAGGUCGAGCAGGACCGCGCCGAGCUGCUCAGCCUGCGCGACACCGUAGGCCGCCUGCAGGACGAGUCCAAGGCUGUCACCGUCCGUAUGAAGAGCUACAUGACCGAGCGCGACAUGUUCCGCCGCAUGCUGCAGCAAAAGGCCAGCCACGCCGAAAUCAGCUCCGUGCUGGGUGCUGCUGCUGCGGGCAAUGAUCCGGCCACGCCGGGUCAAAACACGCGCGAGGUCCUGGCCAGCAUCGAGCAUACCGGCUCCGCCACCGACGACAGUGGCGAGCUCACUGUGGCCCUGCGCGAGCUGCAAAACAACUUUGACGCCUACCGCAACGAGCAGGGCGUCGACCGCGAGACCAUGCGCGCCCAGGUCGAUAAGCUGUCUCACGAGCGCAGCAUCCUCCAGGGCGAGAUUGCGCGCAUCAACAGCCAGCUGACCUUGGCUUCUGAGCGCUACGAGAUCCUGCAGUCCAACUACGCCGCCCUCGAGACCGACAACAAGGCCCUGCAGGAGAAGAACCAGUCGCUGUCCGAGUCGUACGCGAAGCAGGACAUCCGCACCCAGCAGGUCGCCAUGGAUCUCGUCGAGGUGCGCAGCCUGCUCGAGAGCAUGCGCAACGAGAACGCCAACCUCAAGGCCGAGAAGUCGCUCUGGAAGGGCAUCCAGGACCGCCUGGCCCAGGACAACGAGAGCCUCAAUGAGGACAAGUCGCGCCUCAACACGCUGCUGUCCUCGCAGCAGAGCCUGCUCAACGAGCGCGAGCUGUCCGAGUCGGAGACGAAACGCCGCCUGCAGACCCAGAUCGACAACCUCGAGGCCGAACUGACCACCACCAAGCGCAAGCUGUCGGAGGAGAUUGAGGACGCCAAGAAACUGCAGCUGCGCAAGGAGUACGACGCCCAGCAGAGCCAGAAGCGCAUCGACGACCUCAUGGCCAGCAUCACCCAGAGCAAGGAGGAGCUUGUUGCCCUCAAGACCAGCCGCGACCACCUCCAGGCUCGCGUCAACGAGCUUACCAUUGAGCUGCGCAACGCCGAAGAGCGCACCCAACGCCUGCAGCCCCGCCCAACGCCGCGCGCACCACCACCAUCAGCCCAGCAGCAAGAGGAAGGCGGUGUGGCUGGGGCCGACGGUGGCAGCGGCGGUGACGACGACGGCGAGGGCGGCGGCGGCUCGGCGUCGCGCGCGGACGAUCUCGAGGCUGAGCUGUCUGACCUGCGCCGCGACCUCGACCUCGCCCGCAUCGAGCUGGCGUCCAGCAAGGAGGAGGCCAACUCGUACAAGGACAUUGCGCACGCCAUCGAGGACGACCUCAACAACCUGAACGAGGCGCAGGACCAGUACCGCCAGGAGAUGGACGGCGCGCUCGAGGCCAAGGAGGCCCGGAUCAAGGAGCUCGAGCAGCGCGUCGAGGCGCUGUCGGCCGAGCUCGCCACCUCGACCAACGAGCUCAACGGCCUGCGCGACUCGCAAGCGGACCUCGCCCGCAAGCUGGACGACGAGAAGCGCAUCCUGGAAUCGGAGAUUGCCCGCCUCAAGGACAGCGAGGACCGCUACAAGGACGAGAAGAAGUACCACCAGUCCGACCUCCGCGCCCAGGCCGAGAUUGCCACGCGCGCCCAAAAGGACUACGAACAGGAGCUCGUCAAGCACGCCGAGGCCGCCAAGCAGCUGCAGGUCCUGCGCUCAGAGCACAACCACCUGCGCACCGAGGCGGCCUCCUGGCGGGCCGAGGCCGACUCGGCCAAGCUCGCCCUCGCCCAGAGCGAGUCGUCCUGGGAGGAGCGCCGCCAGCAGUUUGAGCAAGAACUGAUCGAAAUCAAGGCGCGCCGCGACGACACCAACGCACAGAACAAGCUGCUCGGCCAGCAGCUCGAGACUGUCACCGCCCAGAUUGCCAGCCUGCAGCAGAGCCGGUCGGCAGCAGCAGCAGGCAUCGGUGCCACGGACGGCAGCGACAACAACAGCGCCGAAGGCACCCCGUCUGCCUUUGCCGAUGCUGCCACCGAGGGCCUGCGCGAGCUCAACAACUACCUGCGCCGCGAAAAGGAGAUUCUGGAGGUGCAGUACGACCUCAAGCUGCAAGAGAACCAGCGCCUGCAACAGAAGUACGACUAUGCGCAGGCGCAGCUGGACGAGGCGCGCCUCAAGCUCGAGCAGGAGCGCCGUGCACAGGCCGACGUGAGCCGGUCAUCGCAGACGCACAAGGAACUGAUGGAGAAGCUCAACGAGCUCAACCUGAUCCGCGAGAGCAACGUCACGCUGCGCAACGACAACCAGCAUGCGCAGGCGCAGCUUGUGCUCAAGGACGGCAAGAUCGAGAUGCUGCGUGCACAGAUCCAGCCGCUCGAGCAGCGCGUCGCCGAGCUCGAAAACCAGAAGCUGUUUAUGGACGAGGAGGUCAAGCAGAUCACCGAAGACCGCGAGCGCUGGCAGAAGCGCACCGAGAGCAUCCUGUCCAAGUACGGCCGCGUCGACCCGACCGAGCUCGACCAGCUCAAGGAGAGCAUGGCGGCCCUCGAGGCCGAGCGCUCGGCGCUGCAGACGACCGAGACGGAGCUGCGCGCCAAGAUCACCGAGCUCGAGACGUCGCUCGAGUCCGACCGCGGCCAGUGGCGCGAGACGCGCCAGAAACUCAUCGAGCAAGCCAAGGAAAAGGCCCGCCAGCAGGGUGCCCAGAUCCGCGAGCUCACGAGCCAGAAGACGGAGCUGCAGGAGCAGGCCACGGCCGCGGCAGCCCGCCUGGCCACCGUCGAGCAGGAGCUCGAGGCCGCCAACGCGGCCGCCAAGGCAGCCGUCGAGAGCCGCGCGAACAACGCCCAGCAAGAGGAGGAGGCACAUGCGGCCGCCGCACCGUCCACGCCGGCACCGACGGCACCGACCGCGGCCAUGGACGUCAAUGGGCAACAGCAGCAGCCGCCUGCUGACACGAACGGCGUCAGCACAGAGGAUGUGGCGCUUCUCCAGCACGAGGUACACCAGCUGCGCGGCGAGCUCGAGGUCGUGCGUACCGAGAAAGCAGCCGUUGAGCAGGAGCUCGUCAGCCUGCGGACCCAGCUCGACACCGCCGUGGCCGAGCGAGACCAGGCGGUCGCACAGGCCCAGGCUGCUCUGGCCCAAGCCCAGGCGCCUGCACAGAAUCCGUCUGGCGAGUACGGCGCUGCAGCCCCAGCGACCAACGGUUUUGCAGGGAGUGCUGCACCUGCUGCUGCUGCUGCUGCUCCUCUCAGCGACGCCGAGAAAGAGGAGCUGCAACAGCGCAUUGCCGCCGCCGAGGCGCGUGCCGCCGCGUUUGAGCAAAAGGCCAAGGAGGUCGAGGACAACAUCCAGAGCACGCUCAAGGAGCGGUCUGAUAAGAUGAAGGACGCGCUCAACAAGAAGCUGAAGGAGACCAAGGAGAAGUCGGAGCAGGAGAUCCGCGAGGCUCGCGAGAAGCUGCAGUCGGAGCUGGACCUGCGCGUUGAGCAGGAGAAGAAGAUUUGGAUGGCCGAGCAGUCGUCUACCGGUACAGCAGCGACCGCAUCUACGUCAACUGCAGCAGCACCAGCGCCAGCGCCAGCACCGGGCGAGGGGACAAGCGAGGUGCCUUCGACGCCAGCCAAGGCCGAGCCGGGGACCCCGACGACGGCCGGUACGCCACUCGACCUGUCGAAGCUGGGUGACACGGAGACGCGCGAGCUGCUGGCCAACAACGCGACGAUCCGCAGCAUUGUGACGGCCAACAUCAAGAAGAAGAUUGAGUCGGAGACCAGGAAGGUGCGCGACGAGGUCGAGCAAGCCGUCAAGGCCGAGUACGACGCCAAGAUAACGUCGGCGCGCGAGUCGGGCCAGAUGAUGGCAGAGAAGAAGUCGUCGAUCCGCAUCAACAUGGCCGAGAACAAGCUCAAGACGGCCACGGCCAAGCUGGAUGUGGUCUCGACCGCCGCGCAGCAGACGCCCCAGCGGCCCGUCGGUGAGGUCUGGGCCAUUGCCAAGGAUGCCCGGCCGGCACCGGCGACGCCUGCGGCCUCCACCCCAGCGACACCGGCACCAGGAAUGCCCGGAACACCCGGUCCGGCUGCGGCACAACCGCCAGCCCGGGCCCAGCCGCACGCAACACCCGCGGCCGUACAGGCGGCCACACCGGCAGCGGCGCCUGGCGCUCUACUCCCCCCUCCACAGCAGCAACCGCAACAGCAGCAACGCGUCUCCUCGCUACCGACGAAGCCUCAACCAGCGAACAGCAGUCUACCUUCCUCUCUCCCUGCGCCUGUCGGUGGUCCGCCGGCGCUCGACAACCCGUUCCUCAGCAAACCGAGCGAGAUCCCGCAGCCGAACAACCCCUUUGCCAAAGCAGCCCAGCAGCAACAACAGCAGCAACAACAGCAGCAGCAGCAGCAGCAGCACCAACAACAACAGCAACAACAUCCACCCCAACAUCAACCCCAGCAAUCCCAACAGCAGCCACAACGGCCGCAGUCCGCCCUUGGCCAACAGCAGGGCGGCCCGCGGAGUGGUAUCCCCGUCCCUGGUAGCGGCCGCGGCGGCGCGCACGGCAACAACCAGAACAGCAACCGUGGCGGUGCCGGUGGUGCGGGCCGUGGCGGUGUCUAUCAGGCACCACGCGGCCGCGGCCGUGGCGGCAUGGGCCAGAACCAAGGCCGGGGUGGCGGCAACACCGGUGGUGGUGGUGGUGGUGCCAACCUCAACCCCUCUGCCGAUGCCUUCAACCCGGGCAACAAGCGGCCGCGCAACGACGGUGGCGAUGCUGCGGGAGGCGGCGUCAAGCGGAUGCGCGGGGGCGGUGGACCCGGCGGUGCGGCGGGCGGACAGGCUGGUGGUGCUGGCGGUGCCGGCGGUGCGGGUGCAGGUGGCCAAGCCCAGUAG